AAUUGGCCGUUGAUGAGAGUGGGAAUUACUGGUGCAGCGGUUGAUGAGCUGAAGCGUCGCCCCCGGAGAGCACACCUGUGGAGUUACGUACGCCCGCGGUGCCGUCCCGUGACGCUGCGUGUGUCGUCACGGCCGGACCUGCAGUUCCGUAGGAACGGAUAUAUCUGUGUCUACAGGUGUGGCGCCUCCUCAUUCUGGUGCGGACUGCCGCGAAGAGAGGACCACGCUACGAUGAAGGCCGCUGCCAUGUGCUGGUUGUUAAUAGUGUCGCUGGGAGUUCUGGCCAUGGACAUCUGUACAGCAGAAGACAUGCAUGUGACGAAAUGGAUGGACGGUUUGCCCGUACGGACGCCCUACACUAGAGGGGUGCCGGAAUAUGUGACGUCGCGCGGGGCAGAAAAGAGAGAAAGCGUCGGCCCUAGACAGUCCAUGGACUGGAGCAGCAUCCUGGACGGGCAAUCGCGACAGGCAGAUUACACAAGAUGGCAGGAUGAAGGCAGACACGAGCCACGCCACGUCUCGGAGGGGACGCCUUGGAGAGAGGCCAGCGGGGGAGAGGAAGAGAUGCCCCGGGACGAAAUGUUGACGAGCCGCUCGGCGGAUCUGACGGCACGGAUUCGAGCCCCCUUCGGGAACAAGAACGCCUGGGUCCUGUACAAACGGAGGAGCGACAACAACAACAACAACAACAACUACGGCGACGAGGACAACAGAGAGUCGGACCACUUCGACAACGUGGCCUCCAGAAUCAAACGCUUCAUGGACAAACAUGCAGGCUUUGCCGUCAGGGCGAAGUCAAACGCGUGGAUCCUUUACAAGAGAGAGGGGGGCGAACCUAUGGUGCCGCCACAAUGGGAACGGUAAUUGGUUCUUUCGCCUACAGGAGCAAUAAAGUAUUAGAAGUGUGCGCCAGCUCUCAGUAUGAAAUCAAGCGUACCAAACCCGAUGGUUCGGACACUGUCACUAGUCAAAGAAGCCGGGCUGUCAGAAUCAAAGUUGCGAGUAACGCCAUUUUUCUGUUCUGUACAAAGCUUUCUCCAGAGCCCAAAGAUGAAAAAAGAAAACAGUGACUGAAAAAAAGAAUUGUGUUGUGCGUAUUGAUACAAUGAUUUACAUUUAAGAGUAUAGUGCUAGAUUUAGCUUUGUGUUUGAAGCGAAGGUACAGACCCAAAAUAGUAACCAUGGAAGACGGAAUAAAGCACCAAGUUCUUGCGUACUGAA